AUGUCCAUAAAGGCCAAACCAAACAUUCCAACGGCCUUGGACAUAGUGCAACUUCAAAAAGGAGACAAGGUGGGACCAUGGGAAGUAAUCAGGAAGCUGGGUGAAGGUGAGAAUGUUUAAAAGGCUAAAAUCAUUGGAAAUUAUAUUAUCCAUGAGCUUUUUUGGUGAAACUUAUCAAAAAUUAUAUUCUUCAUAGUUCUUUUGCCCAGAAAUUAUUAAAAACUAUAUUUUAUAACCUCUUUUCCUUUCAAAACUAUCAAAAACUAUAUUAUCCAUGCCUUUUUCUCCCGAAAAUUUCUAAACUCUUAUAUUAUCCAUGGUUUUCCUCUAUAAAAUUUUUAAAAAAAUAUAUUCACCGUGCUUUCAGGUGGAUUUGGAGCCGUUUACCUGGUAAGAGCCGGAUCGAACGCCAAGGUUGAAUUCGCUUUGAAGGCCGAAAAAGCAUCUGAAGUGGUGAAGGUGCUGAAGAUGGAAGUUUUCGUGCUGGGAGAGCUAAAAAGGAAAAGAGCCAAACACUUCUGCGAUCUGUUUGAUAGUGGAAAUAUUGGGAAUUACAAUUAUGUUGUUAUGACAUUGGUUGGACCUUCUUUUCAUGUGGGUUUUUAGGUUUUAAAUACGAAAAAUUGUGAUUUUGGGCUACAUUGUUAUAGAACUUUGUGUUAUUUUUGAGUUUUUUUGAAAAAUUUAGGUAACAAAUAGAAAAUUGAAUACAUACGUUUUGUAGAAAAUAAAAAGAAGUAUCUUUUCUGGAAGUUUCAUAUCCAUACCUCAUUUAUAAAAAACGUUAUGUAAAUUUAAAAACUUCAAAAAAUCAAAAAAAAGUUCGAUUCCGCCCAGCAAAGGGGCCAUUUUAAAAAUUUCAAAAUAUUGUAACUUUUUUACUUUCAAUGUUAUGGCAAUGAAACUUUUUGUAUAUAUACAUCAUUUUAUGGUCUACAAAACGCAUGUACACGAUUUUUAAAAAAAUUGGUAGAUCAUGUUGUUUUAGGUCUUAUUUGUCACAAACACCAGGUUUUUAGUCAAAUUUUUCGAUUUUAUGGACGUUUUUUAAGUUGAAAUUCAAGAUUUUGAACUGAAAGGUCAGAUUUUUAGGCAAAGAUUUAAAAUUUGAAUUGUUUUUUUUUUUAUUUUUAAAAUUUCAGGACCUCCGAAAGAAGUACACCGAUCCAGCGAAACAAAAGUUCACGCUCGGCUGUGCCUUAUCAAUUGGAAUAAAAUGCGUCGAAGCCAUCGAAGAACUCCAUUCCGUGGGCUAUCUUCAUCGUGACAUAAAACCAGGAAACUUUGCCGUAGGCAAGUCGGAUUAUCGUAAAGUAUUGAUGCUUGAUUUUGGGAUGGCGCGAAAGUUUUUGGACGCGAAGGGCGAAAUACGAAAGCCGCGAUGGGCUGCCGGAUUCAGAGGCACAGUACGGUACGCGCCAUUGUCUUGUCAUAUUAGUCGGGAACAGUGUAGGAAGGACGAUCUGGAGACGUGGAUGUAUAUGCAGGUGAGUGGUGGGGUUAAAUAUGGUAGGGUACGGUAGGACACUGUAGGGUAGGGUACUGUAGGGCAGAGUAAAGCACUGUACGCUACUUUAGGAUAUAAUAAAUGUUUGUAUUACUGUACUUUCUUUCCUAUACUACUCAUAUGAUUAUAGAUCGAGCUAACCAAAGGCUACCUCCCCUGGAAGCGAAUUGAGAACCGCGAAGAAGUCGGUCGAUGCAAAGACAAAUGUCGCAAUGACAAUAUCCAAGAGCUCUUUGGAGGUUGUCCAAAAGAGUACAUUCAUAUACUGGACUAUGUCGACAACCUAAGAUACUACGACGUACCAAACUACGAGAAGAUACGAGGUUUUCUGAGGAGUGGUAUAGCCAUGAACAAUGUCAAAGAGGUACCAUACGACUGGGAAGAGAAGCUGAAAACAGAAGCGUCGGAGAACAGGACUGUUGAGGCUUAG